UAGGGGAGGGGGUCAGACGAGCACAGUUGCUUUGCCUGAAUCGGUGAAUACGAUCUGCCAGGGCGGGCAAUCCCGUUGUGAUCUCUGUCAAGCUGUGUGUUGUAGCGUAUCUUGCAAACAUUUGUCUCUUCUGGACUCCAACGGAUUUCUAACGAGGGAUGUCAAAGCGAGUACGAAGCAGAGAGGUCUGCGCUGAUUGCAGUGCUCCGGAGCCACGCUGGGCCUCUGUUAACAGAGGUGUGUUGAUCUGCGAUGAGUGCUGCAGCAUCCAUCGAGGUCUGGGGCGACACAGCUCUCAAGUCCGACAUCUGACUCAUUCUCCAUGGCCAGCCUCCCAGUCACAGAUGGUGCAGACGCUGUAUGGCAAUGGAGCUAAUUCCAUAUGGGAGCACAGCCUUCUGGACCCUUCUUCUUCAGUGAGUGGGAAACGCAAAGCCAACCCCCAGGACAGAGUUCAUCCCAACAAGACCGAGUUCAUCAAAGCCAAAUAUCAGAUGUUGGUGUACGUCCAUCGGAUGCCUUGCCGGGAGGAUGACAGUGUUACCGCAAAAGACCUCAGCAAGCAACUCCACUCCAGUGUUCGGACUGGAAACCUGGAGACCUGCCUCAGACUCUUGUCUUUGGGAGCACAGGCCAACUUCUUCCAUCCAGAGAAAGGAAACACUCCACUACACAUAGCAGCAAAGGCCGGACAAAUGUUACAAGCAGAGCUGUUGGCAGUUUAUGGAGCUGAUCCCGGGGCUCUGGACUCCAGUGGAAAGACCCCUAUCGACUAUGCAAGACAAGCUGGGCAUCAGGAUCUGGCAGAGAGGCUAGUGGAGAUACAGUAUGAGCUGACGGACCGCUUAACAUUUUACCUUUGUGGAAGACGACCAGACCACAGAAACGGACAACACUUCAUCAUUCCACAGAUGGCCGACAGAAAUGACAGCCUGGAUUUGUCCGAGUUCGCAAAAGCCGCAAAGAAGAAGCUCCAGUCGCUAAGUAACCAUCAGUUUGAAGAACUUGCCAUGGAUGUUUACGAUGAAGUUGACAGACGAGAAACAGAUGCAGUGUGGUUGGCCACUCAGAACCACAGCACUCUUGUAACAGACACCACAAUCGUGCCUUUUCUGCCGGUCAAUCCAGAGUACUCGUCUACCAGAAACCAGGGUCGUCAAAAAUUGGCACGGUUUAGUGCUCAUGAGUUUGCCACCCUGGUUAUUGACAUUCUAACUGAUGCUAAACGACGGCAGUGGGGGAAUUCCUGCGACAGUCCCAAAGAGAGCGUGGAGCUGAUCCUUCAGGGAAUCAACAGCCGCCAUAACAGUGACAGCCAGGACAACGACCAGCCCGACUACGACAGCGUGGCAUCGGAUGAAGACCCGGUGCAAGAGGCCACCUGUGGGGACAGCUGCAAUGAUGGAAGGACCAAGAGCUCCGAGUCAUCUGACCUCUCUGAUGGACCAAUCACAGUGCAGGAAUUCAUGGAGGUGAAGAGUGCCCUCACUGCAUCAGAAGCCAAAAUACAACAGCUUCUUAAAGUCAACUGUCACCUCAGUGAUGAGCUGCGUAGCAUGCAUGGCAAGCUGAACUCCCUGCAGACCGAAAACACAACGCUGCGAUGGCAACCCCCCAGCGGACAACAACCCCUCCAGGGGCCCUUUGGUCGACACCCGCCCCGCGGAGGCCGCGCCAUGUCCAUGUACGAGACGGGCUCUUCCCCGAGGCAGUACCCCCACCGAGUCGAAGCGGCUCGGCACGACGACGGAGUCGUUUUACAACCCUUCCCAACCAAUAUUGGGAGGGGCCCUUUGGGAACGGCUGCCUCCUCCCUCCCUACCUUCCCCUCGUCCCUGUCCUGGUCGAGGGAUGAGCGAUCUCGAAGGGGCUGCAGUCUGGAAGGACAGAGUAUGAUGCUGGAGAGUGAUUACGACACGACGCCAAACCACUCUGAACUGGAGGAAACUGGCAGCCCUCUUCCAGCCUCUGAAGCGAUGGAGCCGAGGGAGGGGGGUGAGGAAGACGCCACCCUGCCAUGUACAGAGGACGUCAUCUGUAAGACGGAGCAGAUCACUAAGAACAUACAGGAGCUUCUGAGAGCCGCCCAGGAGACCAACCAUGAAAGCUUCCUGCCUUGUUCAGAAAAGAUCUGCAUGGCCGUGACAGAGAUGGCUGCCCUGUUCCCCAAGAGGCCGUCCUCGGACACGGUGCGAGUGUCUCUGAGUCUGCUCACCUCGAGCGCCAACCGGCUCCACGGAGAGUGCCAGAAGGCCGCCGAGCACAACCCCUGCGUGUCGGACAUCCAGCUGGUCACUCAGCUGGUCAUCCAGUGCGCCUAUGACAUUGCCAAAGCUGCCAAGCAACUUGUCACUGUGACUACCAAAGAAAACAACAACUGAGUAAAACAUAGACAAUCCUGAUGCACCCAAACUAGUUUAUCAAUUUAAUCAGUGUUUUUUUUUUUUUUUCCCCAUAUUAAUCAGUGUACGCAUUCAGAUACAUUCCUUAAACGGAUUAAUGAAAAGAUUUAUUCAUCUUUUUUUUUAAUCAUGAUAACCCAGACUAAACAAACCUCUUAAAGCUACAGGACAGAAUAUGUUUAUUCUGUUACUUACCUUACAAAGAAAUAACAGUUCACAAAUCCAGCACUAAUCCAAUGUAUGUGUAUAGAAAGAUUAGAACAGCAACAAAUGAGCCUUCUACAUUGUACUUCUCCACGUAGACGUCAUCAUUUGAGCUCCUUGAGGUUGGGUGUCUGGCAUGCCAGAGACACCCGGCAUCAAGGGUCAUAAUAGAUUAACCUUCAUCUACACCAGAGUCAUCUUCCUUUUAAAUGUAUUUAAGAUGCAACGACAGUAUUUCAAUCUUGCACCAUGGUUUACGCCACUUGCUUAGAGUUCGAAUGUUUGUUUUAGUGAGCAAACUGUGGUUUUAAAAGUCGCUUCAGUGCAUUGAGCGCCAGCAGUACCAAGAGUGUGCAAACCUUCAUUCCAUCCAGCAGGUGCUUUCACUGUUCCGUAAAGUAUCAGUAGUUAUAAUGUUACAGCCAUACUUCUGAUAGUGUGUGUGUGUGUGUGUGUGUGUGUGUGUGUGUGUGUGUGUGUGUGGGCGGGCGCAGUUGUCACAGAGAUGGCCUUGAUGGCCCGUGUGAAAUCAAUUUUGAUUAUGCAAAUAUAUAAGAUGUAUGUGUCCAUGUAAUUCUUUACCAAAAUAACCCAAAUGCUAUUCUAUUUAUAAACUGUAUGUCAUACCUCUAAGAAAAUAUCAAUGUUUAUUUUCAUAAGCCUUUGUUUAACAUGAUGCUCCUCACAGACUAACUUUUCUUCUGAGGUUUGGGACGUCUCAGCUGGCCGUAAGUUAUGGGCAACUUGUGAUCUCUGUGUAUUCGGUGUGGUGCUGUAACUCCGGCGUGUUAAGAUGCUACCUGUGGUCACAUACGUACAGCUGUGGUUUACAUUUGCCGGUUAAGUAAAUGUGCCCUCAAAGUACCUGUUAUACAACUUGGCUCGAAUGUGUCACCUGUUACUGUGAGUCGGAUGAGUUUCAACCAGGGGUGGAAAGAGAACCAGAAUACGCUGCAUGAGGGGAAGUUCAUUCUCUAAGUAAUUGCUCAAGUAUAAAUAAAUAAGCUUUCUCAGAAGGCUGUCUCACAGAAGAGUAUGAAAACGUGCUUAAAUCAGCUUCAGUACAGAUUAGUACGCCAUUUAUGUCUUCUGUACAUUUCAAGUCUAAAAGUGUUUUUCUUUUGGUUGUUUUUUUAAAACAACAAAACUUUACUCAAGGUCCACUUAUUGCUUGUUUAUGACCUUUAAGCUACAUUGCACAGUUUGCUUUUGUUGAUUGUUGUAUCUUUAUAUAAUCUUUAUUAUUUGUAUCUUGUGAUUAGUUACUUUAAUAUGACUUGUUUCCACUGAUGUACGUAAUGCAAACUAUGUAACCUUUCAAUGACUCGGUAAUGUCUUGCUUUAAAUGUUUCAAACGCGAUAUCAUGAUUUGGCCAUUAAUCACCAACAAUACUACAUAACAAUUCCUUUAAAAGGAAAGUUCAAUAAGAGAUUUUAAGAUGAUGGACCAUUAAGUGAUUGAACAGUUGUAUUCAGUUUCUUUCCACCUCUGGUUUCAACCCUGACAUGUCAUUCUCUGUAACUUAUAGCCUACCACUGCCUCUAUGGUUGAAAACAAUCCCUGCCUUAGGUUAAAUAAAGUAUAAUUCAUACCUCAACUAG